AUGUCUUGGCAGCACCUUGACCUGAAGAUGGCACCCAGGGUGCUGUGGGGCAGCCUCAGCCUGCUCCGCCUGCUGUGGUGUCUCCUUCCGCAGACAGGCUACGUGCACCCAGAUGAGUUCUUCCAGUCGCCUGAGGUCAUGGCAGAGGACAUCCUGGGCAUAGAGGGCGCCCGGCCCUGGGAGUUCCAGCCCAGCGGCUCCUGCCGCACGGUGGUCUUCCCACUGCUGACCUCUGGCUUUGUCUUCUGGCUGCUCAAGCUCUGGAAAGAGCUGUGCCCGUGGCCCUGCCCGGUAAGCGGCUACAUGCUGCUGGUGGGGCCCCGGCUCCUCCUCACGGCCCUCUCCUUCGCCCUGGACGUGGCCAUCUACCACCUGGCGCCGCUGUGGAGGGCGGAGCGCUGGAACGCCCUGGUCCUGCUGUCCGGCUCCUACGUCACCCUGGUCUUCUACACGAGGACCUUCUCCAAUGCCAUCGAGGGACUGCUCUUCGCGUGGCUGCUGGUGUUGGUGUCGCCCCGUGUGGCUCGGGGCCCCGCACCCAGGAAGCCUGCUCCGGGCUCGUGGUGGCACAGCUGGCUUCUUGGGAGCAUCCUGGCGGCUGGCUUCUUCAACCGGCCCACCUUCCCGGCCUUUGCUGUGGUCCCCGUGUUCCUCUGGGGCGUCGGCGGAGCCACAGACUCUGCCUUCAAGUCGCUGACCAAGGCGGCCCUGGGGCUCCUGCCAGGAGCGACCCUCACGGCAGCGGUGUUUGUGGCCGCGGACAGCUGGUACUUCUCCCGUCCGUUUGCCGGCAGACCCAAUACCCUCGUCCUGACACCUGCCAACUUCUUGCAAUAUAACCUGGAUCCCCGAAACCUGGAGAGGCACGGCACGCACCUGCGGCUCACUCACCUGGCGGCCAACGGCUUCCUGCUCUUCGGGGUGCUGCAUGGCCAGGCCCUGCAGGCUGGGUGGCAGCAGCUGCGCGUCUUUUGCCAAAUGCACUCCCCGAGGGUGUGGGAUGCCCGGAUCCUGCUGCCCAGCCCCAGCUCUCAGCUCCUGCUCCUCUACUUCACGCCCCUGGCCCUGCUGUCUGCUUUCAGCCACCAGGAGGCUCGGUUCCUGAUCCCCCUGAUCGUCCCCCUGGUCCUGCUCUGUAGCCCACAGACCCAGCCUGUGCCCCGCAAGGGCGCCCUGGUCCUCUUCAAUGCCCUGGGCGCCCUCUUCUUCGGCUGCCUGCACCAGGGCGGCCUGGUGCCCAGCCUGGAGCACCUGGAGCGGGUGGUGCAUGCACCCGUGCGCCCAGGCGUGCCUACCCACUACACCCUCCUCUUCGCCCACACCUACAUGCCCCCGCAGCACCUCCUGCACCUCCCAGCCCCGGAGUCGUUUGUGGAGGUGAUAGAAAUGGGCGGGACCGAGGACCCGGUCCUGUGCCAGACCCUGAACAACCUAACCAGGCUACCAGCCUGCCAGGCAGCCGGCGGGCCGUGGCUCUGCCGCCUUUUCGUGGUGACCCCUGGCACCACCCGGCCUGCCACGGAGAACUGCAGCUUUCCCCUCAAGAGCGAGACACGUGUGUUCCCCCACUUGACCCUGGAGGACCCACCAGCCAUGUCCUCCCUGCUGAGCGGGGCUUGGAGGGACCAUCUCAGCCUUCACAUCCUGGAGCUGGGGGAGAAGCCCGAGACGUGA